GCUACACUUUUUUGUGAGCAUAAUUAGCAUUUAGCAGCUGAAUCACUCAUGCGUUCGUGUGAACAUGCUAGCUUGCUAGUUGGCACCUGGCUGGAGUUAUUUACCCAUUCGGACAAAUAACUAUGGCAGAAAAGGCUGAUGUUGCUCUGUGUUUUGACACAGACUCGAGCUCUGUGGACAAGCUUGGCCCCAAAGUAAGAUGGACUCUGGAAGAGGAUGAAAACCUGAAAAUCCUUGUCCAGAAUUUUGGAGAACGGAACUGGAAUACUGUCGCUACUCUGUUACCGGGCAAGACAGAAUUACAGUGUUUGCAACGCUGGAAAAGUCUGAUUGGAAAUGUGGUAGCAGAAUGCUGGUCCAAAGAGGAAGACGAAAAGAUCAAAGAGUUGGUGGGCAGGUUUGGCACCAAUCGCUGGAGUAUGAUUUGCAAGCAGCUGAACGGGCGGAUGGAGAAUCAGUGUCGUGAGCGUUGGCUGACUCACUUGGAGCCCACGUUAAAGAAGUCCAACUGGACCCACGAGGAGGAUCUCAUCAUUUACAAAGCCCAGUCCGUCUUUGGCAACCGCUGGGCUGAGAUUGCCAAGCUGCUUCCUGGAAGGACAGAGUACGCGGUGAGGAGCCACUGGAACAACACGCUCAAAUCGGAAGCUGAAUUGGGCCAGCUCAAAAAUAACUCGGAGACCAUCUCCGUCGAUAUUCAGCAGUUUGUGGAAGGAAGGGUGAAGUUCAAGUGUGACACGUUACUGGACACCAUGCCAGUAACUCCCGAAGUGGUCAAAGAUAAGAAAGAAAUGCGCAAAAUCCCCCAGAAGAAAUCCACUGCACCCGGGAAUGUUGUCGCAUCAAAAAGAACCAGGUCUCCAAAGAGUGCCCCAUUGCCCACCCAACCCAGCUCCAGUGGUGUGACAGCCACAGCACCCGCAGCAGCAGAGGCGGUGGAUCAGAAAAAGUUAGUUGACGCUGCAUUGAGGAUGAUUGCUGAGGACAUGCUGCCGCUCAGUUUUGUGGAGGGAUCAGGCUUCCGCUCCUUCAUGGGCACCAUCGGCCCCGAAUACCACAAGCUGUCCCAGCGCGCCGUCAGCUUGCAGCUUUACGACGACGUGGAGAGAACUGUCAGACCUCAGCUCAUCCGUGACUUAAAGGCCUGCCUGUGCAAAUCUAAAGAUGGACAGGGUGUUAUUCAUGUGACCUGUGACGUCUGGGCGGGCGCGCAGGCCGAUUCGAUGGAUGAAUCCGUGGUCAUCGUGCAGCUCCACUUCAUCAGUGAGGCGUGGCAGAUCCGCCGGCCGACCGUGGCCUUCCGGCACGUGAGCCGCACAGACCUGAGCGGCGCAGUCGCCAAGGAGCUGGAGGGCGUGCUGCUGGGCUACGGAGUCUUUCCGCAGAGCAUCGGCUACGUCCUCGUCAACCACGCCAAAGAAGUGCUGGCUGCAAAUAGUGUCUUCUGCGACUACAAGAUCAUGUGCCCGUCGAACCGUGGGGAGCCAGACGGAGAUGAGGUCGUGGCCUUUCUGUCAGACCGGAUGCCCGAAUCGGAGUCUCCAUUUUCAGAGGUCAAGAUUGGGACCAAAAUCACUUGUGUGGCAAAAACGCUACAGCUGGUGAUCAGUGAGGCAUUGAAGAACUCCAGGGUGGUGGAAAACCUCCUCUCACAUGUCCACAAUGUCGUGGCGUUCUUCAGGGGCAGCACGUACUGGAGUGAGGUUUUGUUAAAGGAGUGCAGUGUGUCUUUGUGUCCGCCCUCCAACCACUGUCGCUGGAACUCCAUGAUGGUGUCCCUCCGCCGAAUGGUGCAGGAGUCGGCUUGGAACGGGAUCCUCACCGUCCUGGCGCAAGCUCGUAGCGAGGCCAGUGACACGGCCAGCGCCCCGCCUCUGAUCAUGGUCAAGAGGGAGCAAGUGCUUGAUAUCCUGGCUAUCCUGGAGCCCUUCCAGGAAGCCCUGCAGGCCCUGUUAGGAAAUGCAGUGGCCAUCUCGUAUGUCCUGACCUCUCUGGUUAGCCUCGAUAAGACAUUGGAAGGCUGUAGCACCAACUACACCCACUUCAAAAAGGCCCUGCGCACGGGCCUCCAUACUCACUUCCAGUCCCUCAUUCACCAGGAAGACGUGAUAAUGGCUGUUGUGUUCGACCCGAGGAACAAACUGAAGACAUUCACUGAUGACCACCUUGAAGACCAGACAGGUUUCCUAACACCUCCAACAAAAUAUGAGGCUCGUGUCAUUGCGGAGGCGGCACUGGGGAGCCAGGCAGUCGCAACUGAUCUGACUUCGACGGCGGAGGAACACCAGAAAAAUGAGGAAGGAGACCAGCCGCCGGACAGCAGUGAGGAAACGGCGGCCGUCAGCCUGAAGGAGGCCACUGGGGGGAGCUCGGACGACAACCGUGACUCCAUUGAUGUCGUCGGCAUCAAGCGCAAAGCAGAUAACAGCCUCCCCCAGCUUCCAUCAAAGACCGUGACCUCAGAACUUGACGUGUACCUGUCUGAGCCGCUGUGGGAAAACGGCUCCAGUUUGCUCUACUGGAAAUCGGCCACUCGCUUCCCACAACUGCAAGGCAUUGCUAAGCGACUUCUGGCGGUACCCGCUACCUCAGGGGGCUUCGACAGGCUUUGCCCGAUGGCAGCUUGUAUCGUACGGGCCAAACGGAACCGCAUGCCACCUCACACCACAGAGAGACUCCUUCUUUACAAAAACUCUUUGAAGACAAAGACUGGCAAAAAGUCCGGUGGGGUCACUAAACACAGAGCGACCAAGUGAUUGGGUGAUUCUUUGUAAUGUGUAUGCUGAUAGCGGCUGCUAUGCAAAUCACCUUUUUUUUAACAUUGGUUAUAAAAAAAUUGCAAUUGUCAAUUCA